AUGUCUGAAGAGGAGGGGAAAGUUACGUGCGAGCUGUUCAAAGAUGUCAAGUUCUAUCUGGUUGGAGACAUAGAUCAAAAGGUGGUGCAGCUCCUGAAGGCCGGCAAAGGGAAGGAGGUGUCCUACAAUGCUCUGGCCACUCACAUCAUCGCAGAGGAUGGAGACAACCCGGAGGUUAGCGAGUCCAGAGAGGUUUUUGACCUGCCCGUCGUCAAGCCCUCCUGGGUGAUCCUCUCGGUUCGGUGUGGAGACCUGCUGCCAGUUACCGGAUUCUCCCCAGAAUCAGGACAGAUUUUCUUCGGGGUGACAGCUUGUCUUCCCAGACUUCCAGACGACCUCAGUGCGCUGUGGGCCUAUGUAACCUUCUAUGGGGGGGACUGCCAGCUCAACCUGAACAAGAAAGUCACACACCUGGUGGUGAAGGAGCCCAAAGGGGCAAAGUUUGAGUGUGCCUUGAAACACUGUGGCAUCAAGAUAGUCACCCCAGACUGGAUAACAGACUCUGUCAAAGGCGGAAUCCUCUGUUUAUGGACAGUCAUGUCUGAAGAGGAGGGGAAAGUUACGUGCGAGCUGUUCAAAGAUGUCAAGUUCUAUCUGGUUGGAGACAUUGAUCAGAAGGUGGUGCAGCUCCUGAAGGCAGGCAAAGGGAAGGAGGUGUCCUACAACGCUCUGGCCACUCACAUCAUCGCAGAGGAUGGAGACAACCCGGAGGUUAGCGAGUCCAGAGAGGUUUUUGACCUGCCCGUCGUUAAGCCCUCCUGGGUGAUCCUCUCCGUUCGAUGUGGAGACCUGCUGCCAGUUACCGGAUUCUCCCCAGAAUCAGGACAGAUUUUCUUUGGGGUGACAGCCUGUCUUCCCAGACUUCCAGACGACCUCAGUGCGCUGUGGGCCUAUGUAACCUUCUAUGGGGGGGACUGCCAGCUCAACCUGAACAAGAAAGUCACACACUUGGUGGUGAAGGAGCCAAAAGGGGCAAAGUUUGAGUGUGCCUUGAAACACUGUGGCAUCAAGAUAGUCACCCCAGACUGGAUAACAGACUCUGUCAAAGACAAAAGCAGGAAGGAUGAGGCCCUGUACCACCCCCGGCUCACGUACAUCCAGGAGGAGGAGGACAGCGAGGCCGAGUCCUACGACCUGCCCUCCCACUCCGACGGGAGCUACAGCCCCCGGAGGUCCCGGCAGUCCAGCGGGGGCUCUUCCGGGGAGGAGUCCAGCCCCCGGAGACGCCCCGGACCCAAAAGACUCAACUCCGUCUCGCCCACUUCCCCGAGAAAACCGGAGCGCCGCGGCGAGCGGAUGUUCGACGACUCGGACGAUGACUCCUCCACGGAGAAGGAGGGCACCAACCUGAACUGGACCCCGGCCGAGGUGGUCACCCCCACGGCCGCUAUCCUGUCGGGCACGGCCAGGAGGAGGGGGGGCCCCCCGGGCAGCAAGGACCCCGGGGCGUCCUCGGCUGGGGCCGGGCUCAUUAACCUGUGUGCCACUGUGCCUCCGGCCCCGGGGGGCGGGGCCGGGCCCGCCGAGGCCCACGCCGCCAUCGGCCACUCCAUCCAGCAAGGCGUCUCUGUCCCAGACAGCAUCCACGGGUGGAGCCCGACCAUCCGGACCCUCCGAAACAUCACCAACAGCUCAGAGAUGCAGCCGGCCGCCCGCCCGGCCAACGUGGCUCACAUCCUCCAGAACCUGUCUGGCCACCAGGUCAAACCCCUGGACCAGCCGCCCAACCACAGCCACGGGCCGCCCCCCCCCAGCCCCGGGGCCUCCCUGUUCUCCCACCCCAAACUCCCGGGCCAGCCUCUGACCCAGCCGCAGCCGCCCCCCCCCCAGCCGCAUCCCAUAAUGCACCACCAGAUGCAACAACAACAACAACAACAGCAGCAGAUUCAACAGCAGAUUCAACAGCAGCCAGGGGGUCCGGGAUUCCCCCCCCAGCUCUCCCAACUGUCCCAACCCCAGUUCCUGCAGCUCCAGACUCAGCACCAGCAGCCGCAGCUCUUCCCCCAGACCCCGCAGAACCCGCAGAACCCGCAGAACCAGUUCUCCCAGCUGCGGCCGCAGCAGCUUGUGCGGCCCGGGCUGCAGCAGCUCCAGCAGCAGCAGCAGGCCCUCCAGCAGCAGCUGCAGCAGUUCCAGCAGCAGCAGCGCAUGCAGAUGCACCUGCAACAACAACAACAACAACAACAACAACAACAACAACAACAGAACCAGCAGAUGCACCUGCUCCAGCAGCAGCAGCACAUGCACAAGCAGCACAUGCACCUGCAGCUGCACCAGAACCAGAACCAGAACCAGAACCAGGGUCAGGGUCAGGGUCAGGGACACCAGGUGGCCACGCCCAUCAUGCAGACGCAGAUGAUGCAGCAGCACACGCACGUCGCACAGCUCUACGGACACGAGCCCCGGCAGGAGAUUCCUCCGGACGGCUUCCUGCUGGGCUGUGUGUUUGCUAUCGCCGACUACCCGGAACAAAUGGCCGACAAGCAGCUGCUGGCCACCUGGAAGCGGGUCAUCCAGGCGUGUGGGGGGGUGGUGGACCCCACUCUGAGUGGCCGCUCCACUCACCUGCUGUGUGAGAGUCAAGUCAGCAACAUGUAUGUUCAGGCUCUCAGAGAGGGGAAACGCUGCGUGACCGCUCACUGGCUCAACACGGUGCUGAAGAGGAAGAGGAUGGUCCCUCCUCACCGGACCCUCCACCUGCCCUUUGCCUUCCCCCCCGGGGCCAAACCCUGCUCCCAGCAUAUCAUAUCGGUGACGGGCUUUGUGGACGCGGACCGGGACGACUUAAAGCUGAUGGCGUACCUGGCCGGGGCCCGAUACACCGGAUACCUGUGCCGCAGCAACACCGUCCUCAUCUGCAAGGAGCCGAGCGGGCUGAAAUAUGAGAAGGCCAAAGAGUGGAAGAUCCCGUGUGUGAACGCCCAGUGGCUGUGUGACAUCCUGCUGGGAAACUUUGAAGCUCUGCGGCAGAUCCAGCACAGCAGAUAUUCCAUCUACACCCACCCAGAGCCUCUGGUUCCCAACCCACAACUGGUCCAGAACCUGCUCGGUGCUUGGAGGACUCCUGUCAAAGUCUCUCCUGAAGCCUUGGCGAACCUGCAGAUGCUGCAGAAGCAGAAGAUGUCCAACUCCACCGGGUCCCCGGCCAGCAAGAAGCCCAGGCUGGAGGAGAUCCAGUCCCCCAGUAAGAAGCUUCCUCCAGAAUCUACCCCCCAGGUCCUGUUCACGGGCUUUGAGCCCAUGCAGGUCCAGCAGCUCACAAAGAGGCUGCACGCCCUGGGGGGGGAGGUGGCCGACAGCUGCCAGAAGGCCUCCCACCUGGUGGCCAUUAAGGUGACGCGCACCGUGAAGUUCCUGAGCGCCCUGUCGGUGGUGAAGCACGUGCUCAGCCCUGAUUGGCUGGAGGAGAGCUGGAGGAGCCAGAGGUUUGUGGAGGAGCAGGGCUUCGGUCUGAGGGACGCGGAGGCAGAGGUUCUGUUCAGCUUCAGCCUGGAGGAGUCUCUGAGGAGGGCCCGCAGCACGCCGCUUUAG